AUGAGAUUAGGUUUUCUUUUACCAAAAUCUUAUACCCUCAAAUAAUAAUAGUAGUAUGCCAUCUGGACGAUCGCCCCUUAGUCGGAUUGAAACGAAUAUUGCACAUAAAAACGACGAAAAUACUGAAGAGGAAAAACCAACAAAGCAUUUGUUGCAAAGAUCAAAAAGCGCUUUGCGACACGGACUGAUCACUUCGAAAAGUUUUGGAGCUACACAACCUACAGUACCAAAACUAAAACAGAAUCUGUCGUUUUCUACCCAGCCCAAACGAGUGUUACCCACAAUAUCUUUAAUUAAAAGAGCAAAUUCAAUGCAAACGCUAUCACAAACUUCAAAAAAGCACAAACCUUUAGUAAAUCGAACCCAACAGCGAGCAAGUACACGCUCACCUCAAGGCAGUAUUUUUCAAGAAAUAGAUACCCCUAUAUCCAAGCUACCGAAUGACUGCCUAUUGACGAUUUUUAGAUAUCUUUCAUGCUUUGAGGAUUAUUGUACAAUGAUGAGCGUAUGCCAACGUUGGCGCCGAUUGGCCAGUCAACCCCAUAUUUGGAGAGAUACACAAUUCGAAUACACACAGUUUUACAACAGACUAGCCAUGCUGCCCAAAUUGCAACGAUCUUUCAAGCAAUUGCAUUUUAUACGACGGCUUACCAUUACCAACAAAGAGGCUCCCAAUGUAAUGAUUGCUUUCAACAGAAGACAAAUAGAGAUCCGACCAUUCCAACGGGUAGAAGAGCUUUGUUUAAUCAACAUAAGCCUAGUGGAUAUCAAAUGCCUUGUUACUUGGUUAAAGGACACUCUCAAAGUUGUUACUUGUCGAAAAAUCCGAACGCACCAAUCCAGACAGACAUACAAACCACUUCAAUCAUUUGAUCUCAAUAUAUUUUCUGAAUUAUACCAACUGCAGCAUUUAUUCGUUGAAUUUGCCGAGCCUGUAGUUUUAAGCAGCAUUUAUGUCAGCUUGUUUCCCUUGUCAAUAUCUAAUUCGGAACGAAAACUACCUGCUUCACUGAAGGCUUUCUCUAUGAUCAAUGUAUUAGACUAUGAACAGCAACUGAUUGGACCUACUGACCGCGAUUUCAUCCAUUCAGUUCCAUUUCCACUAAAUGAAGAACAACAGCGAAAAAUAAAUAUGAUGUUGGAUCGAUGGAUUGCCUCAGAGAACCAUUUGGUUUCAAAAUACCAAGCUUUCAGCUACCUUUCUAACCUCACAUCAUUAACAUUGGAUUGUGUCAGUUCAUUUACGGCAAAAGUAUGGCGGACGUGUUACAUACCAAUUGCAGGGAAACUGACAUAUCUUUCCAUGAAAAGAUGGCCAGGUCAAGGUGAACGGGAUUCACCCACAACUAUUUUAAGCAAGCGUCGAUUAGCAGAACCCUUCGUGGAAACAAAUAUCACUCCAGUCAGAACUACUACCCCUAUCACCCUUGAUACUAAUAUUGAUGAUGUUGAAAUGGCUCUUUCAGACUUCAUAACGUCAUUGCUAUGCAUAGAAGAGAUGCGUUUGGAUCUCUUUAUGUGCGAUACUGGCUUAAUCAACGGCAUACAAAGAUUGAAAAAACGUUACAAAUUAGAACACGAAAAUGUGAAAGCAGAUAAGCAGCAUAUCAAGGCUUAUAAAGGUUCUUUUCUGAAUAAAUUCAAGAUCACUUUUGUUACUUAGAUGAUUGGAAAACAAAAUAAUGAUCUCUGCUUUGAAAUGAAUACCUUGUACAUACCCUCAUCAGCUAAACUUAUUAUAUUUAUUAAAAGAGGCUACCUUGUUCCACG